UAGGGGGGCACACUAGUAAAUGCUUUGUUGUUGAAAGUGAAACAGGAACGGAGCGGGGAGGACAUCUGAAGCUUGGGAGGUUUGCCAGCGCUCUGGCCUCCCGUCCUCCCCUCACACUUUGUCACCAGCAUCACCACCAACAGCAGUAAGAGCAGUAAUGGAGGUGUACGCUGAGCCAUCGCCAUCAGUGAAUAAUACAUCAUCGUUGAGCCGUGGUUUGGACUGGGAGCGUCACAGUGAGCUUCAUGUCUGCCAAGUUCCGUCCACUCUUCCCAGGGACGCUGAUGCGGGAAGAGGAGACUAUGAAGUGCCGUUGUCGGUCGCUGCAGGGCGAAAGGGCUUCGUCGGUUGGAUUACCUCGGCUGUGCGAAAACAGAUCUUCGGCUCUCAUCUGACCGAGUCCGGCGGCUUCUCGCCGAUCGGUUCGCCUCGCUCCCGUGCUAGUUCGUCCAGCGGCACGCACGCCUCGGACAGACGAGGCCUGGUGGGAAUCAUUGCACCAAGCAGCGUGCGAGUGGAUCGACCUGUGGAUGCUCAGGCCAAGUCCACCAACGGUGGCCCGUCGCCCGUCUACAUCGGCUCGUUCCGCAAUGCCAAAGGAGUAGACAUGCCAGCCACUAUUCAGCUGGCUGGAAUGGAGGUGUUUGGCCUGCGGGAAGAUGACCUAGCGCGAGAAGCGGCACGCUUGCAGCGGCUACGACACCCGAACGUCUUGAGAUUCUACGGCAUUGUCAUCUCUCCACCGGGGCCAAUGAAGCUGGUGAUGGAAAACUGCCGCCACGGAAACCUACGUGAUGAGCUGCGAAACGGCGGCAUAUGCGUGCCUCUCGAUCGCCUUCUGAACUGGAGCAGGCAGCUGGCUGCGGGCAUGGCACACCUUGAGCACCACGGCAUAGUGCACGGUGACCUGAGAGCACAGAACAUCCACAUGGUCUCCAUCGACAGGUGUAAGAUUGCGAACUUUGGGAUGUGCCGCACAGCAAUCAAUUACAGCAGCAAGUCAUCCAAGAUAUCCUUUGCAUGGGCAUCGCCGGAGGCCAUCAAAAUGCAACUGGUCACGCACCAGUCGGACGUGUGGAGCUUCGGCGUAACGCUCUGGGAAAUAUUCUCGCACGGCACUACCCCCUGGAAGGGCUUGAAUGGUCUGGAGGUUUUGAAUCAAAUCGACUUGCCUCUGAAGAUCCGCCUUCCUCGCCCAAAGCACUGUCCAACACUGGUCUACUCUUUGGUCAGUCUGUGCUGGAAGCCGGCGACAAGUGACCGACCAACGUUCAAAGCAUUGGAAUCACUUUGGAAAGAGAGCCAUCCGCAUCGUGCUCGUGUUAUUGCCGAUUAUGAUUCACGGAGCACAUCAGAGCUAACCCUGACCGAAGGUGACCUUAUCACACUCAUACACAGGAUUUCAUCAGAGUACUGGUAUGGUCAGAAUCAGCACGGCCACUAUGGCGAGUUUCCCUGCAACCACGUCGAGCAAGUCUUCCUGGACGAGUGGAGCGGUGCUUCACAGAAACCAGCUGCCGUGCGUGAUGUGGACUGGAAGCCAUAUGAGGACCGGGCGGCGAGAUCAUCAAGCAGCAGUGACAUUGCAAAUAUGGAGGACAUCAGCGAGCCUUUCGAGUUCAAUCGUCACAUCUCCGUGCCCUCAGGAACAUGUCCAAAGGAGGCACAGAGGCUGCUGGAGAAGGAGUUUGGCAUGUCGUCUGUUCGCUUCAGCACCGUAGGCUGCGCGGAGUACGACCUCGCGACACCGCACAGCACCAAAGCGAAACCCAGUGGCGGCGGCAGCAAAGCAGAACUCAGCGAAUACGAGGUCAUUCAGCGGAUCAUGGGCGUGGAUACGACGGCGGCGCAACGCCGGGAACGGGCACAGACGCACACCGGCCGAGGCCUUCGCCGCUGCCCUUCCGAGCCGGCACUGAUGCCGGCCUCCAUGCUGGACAACGAGUACAUGAGCAUGGGCAAGGCCACGCCGAGUCCUGGCUUUCCUCCAUCGCGGCCUACUCCACCACGAGCAACCGCAGGAGCAGCAGUGCCAGCAGGCAACAAACCGGAGGACGAGUAUAUGUAUAUGAGGUCCGGGGUGAAUCGUCUGAGCCAGAGUGUCACCGCCACCUCGGUGGCAACGGCCACCAUGAAGAAGAAGAUGCCGAAAGUCAGGAAGAUUCAAAAAUCUGGUCAAACGUCGUCGCCCCCCAAACUCCCACCAACGAGUAAGAGUUCAUCUCCGGCACAUAUGCGACCACGAGCCAGCACGCUCAAUCCGACAUCAUCGCGAGGUGUGACUAAACACGACAGACCGGCAGCAAAUCACCCUGGUGCUAUGACCAUCAGACAACCUGCCGUGCUGCCCAAACCCAAGGUCACCACCCCGUUGAGCGGCGGAAGCAGCAGCGCGACACUUCAACGAGACAAGACGCCAGCCAACGCGGCGAGCUUGUCCGUGCAGAGUCGAAUCGAGAAGCUGCGCGAUCGCUGCAACUCUGACAAGCCGCAACUCCACGCGGUCAACAAGCGGCAACUUGGCGGCACACUAACCGCAAACCGUCGUAGCUGCUCUGUUGAAAAUAUGCUAGCAUCAUCACCCGUAGAGCAGGGCUGUGUCAAAGCUGCCAUCAAGUCACUGGGUGCAUCGGACCAGUCGUUGCCGGGCAAGCGGAGAGUGCGCAAGACCCACUCCCGGCCGCGCUCCGUGUCCGGCUCGAACGGAUCGCUGCCGUCGCUAGCGCCCCCGUCCACAGUCGGUGGAGUGCUGGGCCGCCGCUCUCCUCGCCUGGCCGAGCCCGUCUCGCCGACGUCCAGUGGCUAUGAGAGCUGCGGUGACUGAUCUUCACCAGUGCUGAUCUGCGGCGACUGAUCUUCACCAGUGCUGUGGCACUGCCGCACGGCAGGCCGAUCUGCACAUAGUGCAUAGGAACGUAUUUGUUAACCUUGAGGUCACGAUUACAUAGCUUGAGACAUAACAUUAAAAUAAGCCGCUUCCGUAAAGAACGUACCCAGACCACAUGUAGAGUGUUAUUACGCUGAGGCCGCUAAACAAGUUUUGUCUUGCAACACUUGCAUGACCAUUACAAUAAUAAUUAUUCUACACAUAGCCAUAUUUUUAUUUAGCUCUCACAGUGCCAGUCAGGUUUUAAAA